UUGAGAAGAAAAACUACUUCGCACGUGCACCAAAUGUCUAACAAUUGAUGCGAGUUUCAAGAAGCUGCUUCCAAGAUGAGAGGAGGAGUGUAUAAGGGAGACCGGUAGAGAGAUGUAGGGAAACUUGAGGGGAGGGGAUGUAAUGGGUAAUGUUGAGAGGGAGUGAGAGGCAAUUAGCGGCAAGUACGUUACUUUACCAAGGAAAUGUACUGAGCAAGAACGAAAGACCAACAUUCAUAUUAGCCAGAUAACGAAUUGUGACAGUUACUAGCUCUUGCGCUCAUAGAAAUUACAUUUAAACCAAACUUCUGGACAUACAUUUUUGCGGGACUAGCUUGCUGAUUUGUUGAACACGUUUUGCUUGAAAUAUAUUUAGGAGGGAGGUUUUGUCGUUUUUCUCUGAAUUUUAAUAAAUCGAGAAAGCAAAUAUAUAAUUAUUUCCUUUUUUUGGUGCCUAUUUACAAAAAUAUAUUUCAACUUCAACCUACGUUCUGACAGAAUUGUUUGGUAGCCAACUUUAUCAGGUUAGACAAGAGCGAUAGCCUACAUGAUGCGCUCAUUGACUCACGGUUGUUGAAGAAGGAACGAGGGGAAAGUGCUUCGGCUGCAAAUUAUUUGGAGUGGAAGGUUAUCACCAGAAUCACUAGGCUACUCCGCUAAUCUGCACUUUGGUGGAUAUCGCUUACAUUCAAAAAUUGGUCAUCUGGUCUUCUGUCAAGAAACACGAAAUGAAAUCCUUCGCAUCGUUUGUCAUCCAGAUAGCGGUGACGCUCCAACUUCAGCUUUCACCUGUUGAGAGUACUUCCUUAUCCAGUGCAAACAGCACAACUGGAGUGUUACUGUUCCAGGAAGUGUGGGGCCGUAGUUUCUGCCGGACCAUAGAGAAGCUGGUGGAGGUUGUCCAGGAGUACCCCGGGGAGGUAGAGCACAUAUACAGCCCCUCCUGUGUGCCCUUGGUGCGAUGUGCAGGCUGCUGUGGGGAUGAGUAUCUGGAGUGCCAUCCCACUCGGACCUCCAAUGUCACCAUGCAGCUGUUGAAAAUCAAGCCGGCGAAGCAGGGUCAAGAAUACGUUGAGAUGACUUUUGUAGAGCACCAGACAUGUGAAUGUAGAAUCAGGAAGGCUGUUGUGAAAAGUGAAAGAAGGAAACAAAGAGGAAGAGGAAAGAAAAGAAAAGACAGACAGAGAGUUAAAGAUUGUGUCAGCCCCCUCGUAGGUAACUGCAGGAGCAGCCCUACACCUGUUGCAACCGGAAUCUUUAUUUAUUCCAAUCCCUGCCCAGCGCUAACAUAAUGAAGAGUCUCUCUCCACCUAGUGACUCAAGCCACUGGGUUGUUAUGGUGACUUACAGGCCCACCUGCACAAGUUGCUAGGUGAAAACAAUACCUUGGUCACUGACCUGACAGACAGUUCUGUUGUUUAUUCUGCAGUUGUUUUAGUUACUGACCAUGUAAAAAAAAAGAUAAAUAUGCCUAUUUAUGAAUAAAUGUUCUUUUCAUGCAA